GCGCGCACGCACUCGCCGGCGCUCAGGCUCUGUGGGCGGGCGGGCUCCGUCGCCGGCGCUCGCGGCCUGUGGGAGCGCUCCGCGCCCGGAAGGACUGCUGAGCGGGAGGGUCCGGUGUGGGCAGAGACCCGUCGGCUCAAGAUGUCGUACAUGCUCCCGCACCUGCACAAUGGCUGGCAGGUUGAUCAGGCCAUCCUUUCGGAAGAAGACCGCGUGGUCGUCAUUCGAUUUGGGCACGACUGGGACCCUACUUGCAUGAAGAUGGAUGAGGUUCUGUACAGCAUUGCUGAAAAGGUUAAAAAUUUUGCAGUUAUUUAUCUUGUGGAUAUUACAGAAGUACCUGACUUCAACAAAAUGUAUGAGUUAUAUGAUCCGUGUACUGUCAUGUUUUUCUUCAGGAACAAGCACAUCAUGAUCGAUCUGGGCACCGGCAACAACAACAAGAUCAACUGGGCCAUGGAGGACAAGCAGGAGAUGAUCGACAUCAUCGAGACGGUAUACCGGGGGGCCCGCAAGGGCCGUGGGCUGGUCGUGUCUCCAAAGGACUACUCCACCAAGUACAGAUACUGAGCCCGGCCCACCCAGUGCACGUGGUGCCCUGGGGUCAUUCUCAUGUGGAAGUAUUUUCAACUAUUUAAAGCCUUUGAGAAAGCGUUUGGCAAAGUACACGGAGCUUAAGGAGCUGGAGGGUUUUGCAGUGUGGGUGGCAUUGCCUCGCCUUUCAGUCUGCCUGGUCACUGUAUUUUUGUAUCAGCAAAUAUCUGUAAAUAUCUAACUGAAAUAAAUAAAAUACACAGUG